CGGUGGUGGAUGGACGCAAACCACCACCAUGAAGCAGGAAUACACGGGGGAGGAGGCGGAGGAGGCGGAGAUCCGUAAACAAUGGGGGCUCGUUCGGGUUCUACCACCGCCACCACGACCACGGCUCCCGCCACAACCACUGCCACAACCACCGCAACAACCACCGCAACAACCACAACCACCGCAACAACCACCGCUACAACCACCGCAACAACCACCGCAACAACCACAACCACCGCCACAACCGCGGCUAACGCAGCCUCGGCCACCGCGACCAUCGCCGCUGCCGGCGACGCUACCGCCACCGCCGCCCCUCCUCCUCUCGCCGGCCGUUGCCGCCCUGGCGGCCGCCGCCGCCGCGGCCGCCGCGACGCCGCAGCAGCAGCCGCAACAGCCGCAACAACAGCAGCCGCAACAGCAGCAGCAGCAGCGUCGGCCGUUCCCGUGCGACGUCUGCGAGAAGCUGUUCGGCAGCCGCCAGGCACUGUCGGUGCACCGGCGCACCCACACGGGCGAGCGGCCCUACGUCUGCGCGCACUGCGGCCGCCAGUUCGCCCAGGGGCAGCACCUGCGGGCCCACCUGGCCACGCACACGCGGGAGCGCCCCCACGCCUGCGGACGUUGCGGACGGGCCUUCGCCCUGCGCUCCAACCUGCGGGCGCACGAGGCCACGCACGACGCCGCGGCCGCCUCCGACGACGGAGACCACCACCGCCCACAGAAGGCCCCGUCGCCGCUCGAGGACCACGGGCCUCCUGCCGCCACCCCCGCCGCCCCCGCCGCCGGCCGUCCGCUGUUCGCGUGCGAGUGCGGCAAGUCCUUCGCUCAGGCCUCCUCGCUGAGGGAGCACCGGGCCACGCACGCCGGCGGGAGGCCGCACGCCUGCGCGGACUGCGGCCGCCGCUUUGCCUACGCCAGCGGCCUGCGCGUCCACCGUCGGACCCACACGGGCGAGAGGCCGCACGUCUGCGGGGACUGCGGCCGCCGCUUUGCCCAGAGGCCCCAUCUGGAGGCCCAUCGGAGGACGCACACCGGGGAGAGGCCCUACGGCUGUGAGCGAUGCGGCCGCAGGUUCUCGCUCAACUGCAACUUGAAGGCCCACCUGAGGACGCACCGCGAGGGAACGGCGCCGGUCGUGGUGGUGACCACGCCGGGGAUGGUGGUCGUGGUGGUGCAGCAGGAGCAGCAGCAGGAGCAGCAGCAGGAGCAGCAGCAGGAGCAGCAGCAGGAGGAGGAGCGGAGGGGAGAGUUUGAGUGGGGUGUGUUGGACCUGCGGAAGAGGGAGGUGGCUGGAAGAGGUUGGGGUGGAGGUACCGCUGGUGGUGAUGGUGGAGGUGGUGGAGGUGGUGGAGGUGGCGGCACGAGUGCGGUAGGGGGGGGAGGAGCCCCGAGGAGCGAGCAGCCCGACCUGCCGACACGGAGACCCCGGGACGAGGGCCGACACGGACACGACCGCCCCGGGUCAACACCGCCGACGAUUCCGCAGCAGCAGCAGCAUCAGCAGCAGCAGCACCAGUAUCAACAGCAGCAGCAUCAGCCGCAGCAGCAGCAACAGCAGCAGCAACAGCAGCAGCAACAGCAUCAACAGCAGCAGCAGCAGCAUCAUCAGUCACAACAGCCGCAAAAGCAGCAGCAUCAGCAGCAACAGCCGCAGCAUCAGCAGCAGCAGCACCAGCUACAGUCGCAGCAGCAGCAGCAUCAACAGCAGCCGCAACAGCCGCAUCAACAACAGCAGCAGCACCAGCAGCGUCAGCAGCGUCAGCGUCGCUUCCCGUGCGACGUCUGCGAGAAGCUGUUCGGCAGCCGCCAGGCGCUGUCGGUGCACCGGCGCACCCACACGGGCGAGCGGCCCUACGUCUGCGCGCACUGCGGCCGCCAGUUCGCCCAGGGCCAGCACCUGCGGGCCCACCUGGCCACGCACACGCGGGAGCGCCCCCACGCCUGCGGACGUUGCGGACGGGCCUUCGCCCUGCGCUCCAACCUGCGGGCGCACGAGGCCACGCACGACGCAGACAGGCCCCGGCACCCGUGCGGACGCUGCGGACGGGCCUACGCCUCGGUGGCCACCCUGCGCGUCCACGAGCGGGCGGCCCACUCGACGCGCAGGCCGCACUCGUGCGACGAGUGCGGCAAGGGCUUCACCCGGGCCUCCUUCCUGCGGGCACACCGGGUGUCCCACACGGGCCUGAGGCCCUACGGCUGCACGGACUGCGGCAAGCGAUACUCGCAGCCGUCGGCGCUGGACGCCCACCGGUGGACCCACGCCGUGGCCGCCGCCGCCGCGGCCGGCACGGACCCGCCGCCCACGUUCCGGUGCGAGCUGUGCGGCCGCGGGUUCGCGAGGGCCUCGCUGCUGAGGGCGCACGGGCGCUCGCACGCCGGCAAGGGCAGAGGGGGGCGCAGGAGGACGCUGGAAGGAGAGGAGCCCGCGGAGGUCGGAGGGCCGCUGGGAUGGGGGGGGGAGGGGGGGGAGGGGGAGGCUCCGGCCUUCGUGUCCGACGAUUUAGGCGAGUGACCUGGCGGCCGUGGCUGGUGUUGUUGGGGAGGAGAGCGAUGGGAUUGGUCGUUGCUCGGGCUGGAGAGGGGGGGGGGGACACACAGAGACUCAUAGAGACUCAUAGAGACACACACAGAGACACACACAGACACACAGAGACCCACAGAGACACAGAGACCCACAGAGACCCACAGAGACCCACAGAGACACACAGAGACCCACAAUGACACAUACAGACUCACAGAGACACACAGAGACACACACAGACACACAAAGACCCACAGAGACUCAGAGACCCACACAGAGACACACAGAGACCAACAGAGACCCACAGAGACACACAGACUCACAGAGACCCACAGAUACCCACAAAGACCCACAAAGACCCACAGAGACCCACAGAGACACACAGAGACCCACAGAGAUACAUAAUUAUAGACCCACAGAGAUACACGCAGAGACCCUCAGAGACACAGAGAGACCCACACUUAUAGACCCACAGAGACCCACAGAGACCCACAGAGACACACAGAGACCCACAGACACGCAGAGACACACAGAGACCCACACUUAUAGACCCACAGAGACCCACACACCCACAGAGACCCACAGAGACACACAGAGACCCACGCACCCACAGAGAUUCCCCAUAGACACCCACAGAGACCCAGAGACCCAUAGAGACCAUAGCUUGGUCAUCUGGACAGCUAAACAACGAUGACCUUUAACGAUUGGCCCGGUGGUUUCAUUCCAGUGGAAAUGUCAUCCAUGGCUUCAAUCGACAUUCAAAUUUGGCGACGCAAUUAAUUAAUUAUUAACCAACCCACCCCCCCCCGCCCCUCCCCCGCAGGUCUGUGGGACGAUGCGGCCGUCGUGACGUCACGGGGGGGG